AUGAUUAGACACACACACGGUGGUUACGUGUCGGAGUCGGAGUCGGAGGAGUCCGAUGAACUGCGCGCGAGCUCCAUGAACGCGCAGCUGCGCCAGGAGAAUAAAGCGCUGAAGAGUCACGUGGAGCGUCUGCAGAUCUUACUGUCCGACGUCCCACAUUUUGAAGAAGAGAAGCGCACCAUGCUGGAGGCUCUCCAUCAGUCCUGCGUGAGAGAGCCGAACGUGAAGGAGCGCUUGAAAGAGGAGGAGAGGGAGAACGAGUGUAUCGAGGACGCGCUCGCGGAUCUGACGUACAUCCUGAGAUCUGAAAAGCCUAGGCAAAUAAAAUUAGUGACUCUCAAGCGAGAGGUGCUCACAGCCAAAUGUUGCGUGGAGGACAUGCAGAUCAGCCUCGACGAGAGAGAUGAGAUCAUCAGGAGGAAAGACGCAGAGUUAGUGGAACUAUUCGCCUUUCUCAAGGACUGCUCUGUGCACGCGGAGGAAAUCGCAGCGCGCAUCGAGGAUGCAGAAAAAGCGGUGCGCGCGGUCAGGGAGCGCGAGGUAAAGGAGCCUUUGCGCGUGCGGGACGUACAGGCAUGCAAGGUGAAGUGGAAGAAGACUCCUCCAGCUCCAGUGAAGACAGUUCAGAGUGAAGUGAGACAGUCCAGAGUGAAUGGCAUGCUGGUUACAGUGUGCUGCUUCGCCCUCACACUGAUCUUCAUGCUCUUCUUUAUUUUCUCCGUUUUACUGCCAUUCAGCUGUGAAGAAAGCCUGGCCAUCACGUGCACUGAGGUCAUCCUGGACAGUGUGGAGGAGCUUAGAGUGCCUUUCCGUACUGCUGAUUGUACUGCGUAACUACUAACUUGAUUCUUCAAUGAUAACAGAGAAAGAGGGCGAGAGAGAGAGAGAGAGAGAGAGAUCAUUAGGAGGAAGGAUGCAGAGAUGGAAGAAUGAUUAUCUUUUCCAGGAAAAACAGUGGAGGAGGAAAAGAGGACAGCUGUUAAAAAGAAAAGCGCAGCCUUUCCAGGAACUGAACUUAGAGCAGAAGCCUGGAUCUGACGACCCAAAAUACUUUCCAUCCAUCCAUCCAUCCAUCUUCUAUACCGCUUAAUCCUCUUCAGGGUCACGGGGAACCUGGAGUCCAUCCCAGGGAGCAUCGGGCACAAGGCGGGGUACACCCUGGACAGGGUGCCAAUCCAUCGCAGGGCACAAUCACAUACACACUCACACACCCAUUCAUACACUACGGACACUUUGGACACGCCAAUCAGCCUACCAUGCAUGUCUUUGGACUGGGGGAGGAAACCGGAGUACCCGGAGGAAACCCCCGCAGCACGGGGAGAACAUGCAAACUCCGCACACACAGGGCCACGGUGCGAAUCGAACCCCCGACCCUGGAGGUGUGAGGCGAACGUGCUAACCACUAAGCACGUGCGCCCCCAAAUACUUUGACUGUAGUAAAAUCUACCAGUGUGUUUGUGUGAGUGUCUUCAGUGUGAACAGCACUUGGUUGAGCACGGAGACCUGAGGUGUGCCAGUGCUCAGUAUGACCGUGCAGGAAGUGUCCCAUCCGAUCUGAACAGUGUGGUCAUUUAGUCAGGAGGUCCAGGAUCCAGCUGCAGAGGGAAGGAGUGAAGCCCAGCAGUAAGCGCUUUAUCCGGAGCUUAUCCUGGGAACACUCUGGGGGAAUACACCCUGGAUGACUGCUGUGAGGAGACAACAUUACCUGCUGAACAACUCUCCCACCUAAUGAAUGAACCAACAAAACAAAUAAAUGAAUAUAUUUUCAUGUUCUUCUUGUUUUCCCACUUAUUAUUAUUGUUGUUGUUGUUGUUGUUGUUGUUGUUAAAAAGGGUCACUGAGGGUUGUUUUUAUACCCAAAUUAGCAGUCUGCAUUUUUGUGGUACUGUUAUA